UCCCUUUUGUGCCAGGCCGCUGGGUGCCCUCAGUGAGCGCCCCCCCCCCCCCCGGCCGCCCUCAUUGGCCGGCUCUGCCCGCUGAUGUCACCGGCCUUCUCCGCCCCCAGGACAGGGAUAAGACGGCUGGGUGGGAGCUCUGGGCAGCCGGGAAGGAGAAGGUGGCAGAAAGCAUCAGGCCUCGGCACAGGAAGGAGGAUCUGAUCUUCACCAUGUCGGACCUGGAGAAAGCCAUGAUGGCCAUUAUCGAGACAUUCCACCAGUAUUCUGGGAAAGAAGGGGACAAGCACAAGCUGAAGAAGUCCGAGCUGAAGGAGCUCAUCAACAAUGAGCUUUCCCACUUCUUGGGGGAGAUCAAGGAGCAGGAGACGGUGGACAAAGUCAUGGAGACCCUGGACGCUGACGGGGACGCCGAGUGCGACUUCCAGGAGUUCGUGGCCUUCAUUGCCGUCAUCACCUCGGCCUGCCACGAGUUUUUUGAGCAUGAGUGAGAAGCCCCGUUUGGAAGAGAUCCGGCACCGGAAGCAAUGCAGCCCCGCAGAGCUUGUGGUCCACUCGGACCUCAGACAGCCAGUCGCUUACUUAGUAGGAAGUGUGAUGCGCUCGCUUUGUGCCUAGAAACGGGAGAGCCACGCCAGGGCCGCUUUGCCAUCCCUGCCCGCAGAGAAGCUGGCGCCUCCCACCGUCCCUCCCCUCCCUUCCCUUGGCCCAGCCUCCAUUUGGAGUGAGUCUCCUAGUAGACAGCCAGUCGCCCAAGAGCUCUUCUCAGAGGGCCAAAAAGGGAAACCAGAGUAAGCAGACGACCUGGACCCACCCGACAAAUGUGGGAAGAUUUGCACUCGGCUCCGGGACAGCCUCUGGCAGCUUUGAAAGGUCUGCGCAGAGCGCGGAGCCCUGCACACAGUAGGUGCUGGAGAAGGUUCCUUGGAUGGGAAUGGAGGAAGGCAUCCCCCGCAGUUGUUCAUUAACCAUCGGCUGAAUAAAAGGAAAUACAAUGAAUGUCA